AUGGGUAACAAGUGCUGCAGCCGCCGUCACGACCCUGAUAGACCUCUCGUAUACCCAGCCUAUAAAAAGAAUGAGGCGGGUUUUACGUCAUGUCCGUCGCUGGAAACACGGUACACAGGCGAGCCGAACAACCGAGCGGUCGCUCGACGGCCAGCCGAUAUUGUGAGGACGAGGAAUCCCGGGGCAUGUAUACCAAACGGCGGUCGUCGUGUAGUGAAGGCGUUAUGCGCUUAUACAGCACGUGCGGAAUCGGAUAUAUCAUUCAGGAAGGGGGAUCGUAUGGAAGUACUUAGUGAUGCUGAACCUGAUUGGUGGAGGGUCCUUCAUAUCACUACAAGGAGGGAGGGCUUGGUACCAGCCAAUUUUGUGGCUGAGGAAAGCUCAGUGGAAUGUGAAGACUGGUUUUUCCCUCACGUGUCAAGAAAAGAGGCGGAUAAAUUACUCCUAGCUGAGAUCAAUCCUAGAGGAACGUUUUUAGUACGUCCUGCAGAACAUAAUCCUCAUGGGUUCAGUCUAAGUGUUAAAGACUGGGAAGAAGGCAGAGGAUACCAUGUUAAACACUAUAAGAUAAAACCCUUAGAUAAUGGAGGCUUCUAUAUCGCUACUAAUCAAACCUUCCCAAGUUUACCAGCGCUCGUUAUGUCCUAUACGAAAAACGCAUUAGGUCUUUGUCACGUUCUCGCUCGGCCUUGUCCUAAGCCGGAACCUCAAAUGUGGGAUCUUGGACCUGAACUAAGAGAUAAAUGGGAAAUACCAAGGAACCAAAUACAAUUGAUUAAAAAACUCGGACAGGGGAAUUUCGGUGAAGUCUAUUAUGGGAAAUGGUGUAACAAUAUUGAGGUUGCCGUAAAAACGCUAAGGGAAGGCACUAUGUCCAAACAAGCUUUCCUACAAGAAGCUGCCAUUAUGAAGAAAUUCCGACAUAAGCGCCUUGUAGCGUUGUAUGCAGUUUGUUCUCAACAGGAACCUGUAUAUAUCGUUCAAGAGUAUAUGUGUAAGGGAUCUCUGCUAGAGUUCCUUAGAAAUGGUGAAGGUAAAGCCCUCCAUUUCGAAGACCUAGUCUACAUAGCAGCCCAAGUCGCAUCGGGCAUGGAAUAUCUUGAAUCCAAACUCCUCAUACAUAGAGACUUAGCUGCUAGAAACGUACUGAUAGGAGAGAAUAAUGUGGCAAAAAUAUGCGACUUCGGUUUAGCGAGGGUCAUUGAAGAUAAUGAGUACUGUCCAAAGCAAGGAUCCCGGUUUCCUGUGAAAUGGACGGCACCAGAGGCUAUUAUUUAUGGUCGAUUCUCCAUAAAGAGCGACGUCUGGUCGUACGGAAUACUAUUAAUGGAACUGUUUACGUACGGUCAGAUACCGUAUCCAGGUUUACACGGCAAGGAAGUCAUAGAACAGGUGGAAAGAGGUUACAGAAUGCCGAAACCUGUUGGACAUUAUCUGCCCGAUGACAUAUAUAGACUCAUGCUGCAGUGUUGGGACGCGGUGCCAGAAAAACGACCCACCUUCGAAUUCCUCAAUCACUACUUCGAAUCCUUCACAGUGACCAGUGAAAUACCGUACAGAGAGGUCCAAGACUAG